AUGGAGCAGUCCCCAACCACUCUGCCUACUCUGCAGUCCAUGGCUGAUACCAGGAGCCAAGAGAAGGGAUUUUCUUUGAAUCAGGAAUCAACAGGGGAUAUCUUAGACUAUAUUUCUCUUUUCAUUUCCCUGUUUGGAAUAGUUGGCAAUGGACUUGUCAUUUAUUUUCUUCUCUUCCACUUCAAGAAGACCUCCUUCAUUGUCUACAUCCUACACCUCUCAAUUGCUGACUUGAUUUUCCUUCUUUGUGGAUCUACCUUUAUUAUAAUAGAUAUAGUUUACUCUGAUUCCAAUGGUGAUGCAUUUAGAUCAGAGAUGUUUGUGUUUAUCUUCUGCAUGAUGAUUCUGUUUGGCUAUAACACUGGCUUCUAUCUCCUGACAGCCAUCAGUGUAGAGAGGUGUCUUUCAGUCCUUUAUCCCAUUUGGUACCAAUGCCAACGCCCCAAGCACCAAUCGGCGGUGGUAUGCGUCCUUCUUUGGGUACUCUCUAUUAUUUUGACCUGGUUAGAAAGUUUUGUGUGUGUGGGAGAAGUAGAGCCAAGAUUCCCUUUUAGAUCAUGUUCUGUUGUGGAAAUAUUUUUGCUUAUCUUGAACUUCCUUGUGUUUGCCCCUCUCAUGGUCUUUUCCAGCUUGACACUCUUCAUUAAGAUGUUUUGUAACCUGAAACACCGCCAGCCAGCCAAGCUUUACAUUAUCAUCAUAACCACAGUCAUUCUGUUCCUUCUCUUUGCCAUGCCUUGGAGAGUCAUAUUGAUGUUGCAUAAUUUACUGAAUGAAAAUGAUUCAUUUUUAGUAACAUCCUAUUCCUAUGUAAAUUUAUUAUCUUGUAUCAAUAGUACCAUUAACCCAGUUGUCUACUUUCUGAUUGGUCAGAUCAGGGGGAAAAAAGCCAAGAAGUCCCUGAAAGAUACAUUGCCAAGGAUAUUUGAGGAUAAACCAUGCCCAAAGGUGAGGGAGAAACCUGGGCAUUACGAAAUUGGCGCCCUUCACAGGCAACAACACUGA